GCGGGUAUCACAACACCGGAGCCCGCUGAGGACGCACGGAAAGUUCACCUCCAAGUCUGAGCGCGCGCGCGCGCGCGCGCGUGUGAGUAAACUCACGCUCGUGUGUGCUCCGUCGGUCUGUCUAAUAGAGUGACCCCCCAGCACGCUGUUUAAAGGGAAGACAAGAGAGCUGAGUCAACGAAUCACAAGGAGAAGGAUGCAACAGUUGAUGUGCGCAAGUUGCACAGUUUUCUUGCGUUUGGAGACGGCCCGCACACACGGAGGAUGGUGGCUUUGAUCUGCGCGGAGGAACGAUCGGAUGUUUUCUUGCCUUAAACCCACUCAUCUGUCAGAUAAACCGAGAAUCAAACGGACACAGAGGGGACCCGCGCGUCUGAAACGCGGCGGGUGUUAGUUGUAGGCUCUCCACUCGCGCGUCUUCCUCGCCAAAAUGGACAUUUGGACAGAAAUCCAUUUGGAGGGACCUCAUGCUCUGCUGGAAUGGAGUUGAAGCGGGGAUCUCGGAUGAUCUGCGGCGGUGAGUAGCAGUGCAGUCUGCACCAACAUGCAUCGGAUUCUGCAGAGGAGGCGAGUGCGCAAGCUGCGGGUCGUCUGGGCGUCUCUGGCCCUGGUGGCUCUGUCUCUGGCCGCAUGCAGCGCGCUGUUUACGGCGUGGACUUGGCGACAAACGCGGGACCUGUCUCAGUCCUUUAAGAUCCUGCAGGACCGACUGGAGCAGGUCAAUACACAGAGGAAGGCCAUUGUUCAGCUCAUUCUGGAGAAGAGAGAGCUGCUGGUGGGGCAGAGAGUGAAGAGAGACGGGGGGACGGUGCGAGGGAGGAAUGGAAAUGGAAAGAAAGCGGCGUCUCAUUUUGAGAUAACCAAAGUCUCCUCUCAGCAAGUGGGAGAGGGUGGCGUGAUAAAGGGUUGGGAAGAGAGGACGCUGAAUAUGAGCAAAGCGGUGAGGUACAACAAGGAACAAGGCACCUUCACUGUGGAGAAGGCGGGCGUCUACUUCCUGUUCUGCCAGGUGUUGUUCAACGAGCAGCAGUCUCAGUACGUGAAGCUGGAUGUGGUGACCAGCGGCCAGAGGCCUCAGAAGCUGCAGUGCAUGGAGGGUUACGGGACGACCCCCUCCGCCGGACCGCACCCUUUCCACUUCCUGAAGCCCUGCCAGGUGUCCGGCCUUCUGCGGCUGGACAGAGGCACGGAGCUGCAGGCCAUCACGGGCUCGUCCUUCAGACUCCACACGGUGGGCAACCCGUCGGCCUCGCCUCACAUCUUUAGCAUCUUUAAAGUCAACUGAAGCUCGGGAUCAAUUUUCACACAAACUCAUCUGAGAACAACAAAAAUCACUUGUUUUCGUACGGAUGGGAUUUUUUAUUUUUUUUGUACACGGUUAAACAGUCAUAAGCAGUCGUGGGCAUCACAUCGUGCCACAGCCUCUUCCUGAAGAUGUUAAUUUGAAAGACAAACCUGACAUUUGUGGAAGUUGUUGUGGAAUUUUUCUCUGGACAGCGGCGCUGUUUUGGAACGCAAAACACAGACCUUUGGAUUAAAACCAAGACCCAAAGUGGAUGAAAUGCCUCGAUGAAUGUCUGCCGAGAGAACAGAUGUGAUGGAAGCCGUCCUGUAGAUAAAGGGCUUCGUAUAAAAUGGAAAAAAAAAUACUUGGAUGUUCAUCUUAGCCUUUGUAUCACAUAAUAAAUUGUGCUUACACUAUCUUUAUAAGACUGACAGUAAAGCUGUGCAUGCACCUUCCACUUUUAUAUCACCAUCGCCUCAAAAAGCUGAGAGCACGUCUGCGAGCGUCAGAUCUCGACACUAUAAGCAGCCUACACAAGUUGUCAGUGAUAUUUUAUACAAUGCAGCGUCUGUGUGUGUUUGUGAAUUCUAAUGAAUCAAACCGUUCCUGUUUAUAUGGAUUUUUAUGAUCUUUACAAUGCAAUGUGUGAGUGCGACAUUACUGCAUUUCUUUAAAUACUUUCUAUAUACUUUAUAUACACUUUUUUUUUUUACGUAUGUGCAUAUCAAGUCAGGAGCUGGGGGAACGUUUUAAAUAACAUGGAUGUGAAUUUGUGCUGUUUUCUAAAGUCAGAUUGGAUUGUAAGGUAUUUUUAUGUAUAAUAUGGGCUUUACUUUUGGAGAGCAGUUGCAAGUUGCAGUAAGAAAUUUGUGUGGCUUUAAAUACAGCUCUGUUGCUCUUUUUCUGCCUUUGUUAUCUGUUUGGUGAUGCAGUAACCGUGACCUCCAAGCCGUAACUUGUGAAUCUUCAGAUAGCCGUUCAUUUGCCAUGAAGAGCCACAGCCAUUAAAUAGUAUUUGGAGAGGCCCUCAUGCGUCCGAAGCUGGAGCGUGAGUUGAUAUCACACAGAUUUUGAAUUGAACAAAACAGCAUCGUCUGCAUUUUCUGGUUCUGACUCAUCAAUCAUCUUGAAAAGUCUUAACGCUCUUUAUGCCUUUACACGUUAGCACGCCAGAUUUAGCAUGAACAGCCACCUGUUGCUGAUUGGAUGGAAAAGCGUUAGCCAAACCACUUUGUUAGUUUGCUUUUUUUUUUGCAGCUCAAACCGACAGCUAGCUAACCAUGAGGAGAUGUUAGCUGGAUUUAGAGUUAAGCUUUCUCCAGCGUGACUCGCCCCACCAUUAGCCUCUAGCGAAACACAAGUCACUUGCUCACCAGGACAGCCUACUGCCAUGCUAGCGGCUCUGUGAGCUAAACGUCAGCAUGCUAACAUGCUCACAAUGACAGUGUUAGCAUGCUGAUGUUUAGCCGUGCUUACCAUGUUCACUAUCGUUUUUUUAGUGUGUUAGCAUAUUUUGCUAAUUAGCACUAAACACAAAGUACAUAUGAGGCUAAUGGGACAGUUUUUGGUCUUGCAGUAUUGGACAUGUUUAAAUUUUGAUGGUGGAUGAUGCAGCUAGAAGAGAGUUAAGGGGGACCGCAAGAUUCAUCCUCUGGGGAGCAUGAAUCUCUGAACCAAAUCAUAUGCCAGUCCAUCAAACAGCUGUUCAGAUAUCUCAGUGUGGACCAACUGACUCACAUUGCCAUCCAUAGAGCCAUGCUAUUAGCGUAGCUGAAAAUAAAUAAUAUAUGAUUGAUGUUUUUUGGCCUUCAGUGACCAAACUUGAAUCAGUUCAUCCCAACCAAAGCACAGCUCUGAAAUAACAUGGAGAAGAUCCAAGCCAGCAUGUGUCUGGGAAAUUACUCUGCUGUUUAUUGUCAAUGGAGCAGAUCUGGGUUGUGUAUACAGUCAACCUUGAUAACCUCGCAGGCAAUAAAUAUGAAGCUCUGGUUUCUGAUUCAGGAAGACUGUCACGUUAAGCUCCUGAUUUUUGUUCUCAAAUUUUUUCUUCGUCACAUUGUAAGACUUUUAUGACUUUUUAGAAAUGAAACUCCUUCCAUUCCCUUGUGCUGCUGCUGCUGCUUUCUGUAAUAUUCCCUGCUACAAUACAAACAGUGUAUUUCUAGCAGUGGGUUCAGCACUCCCACUCUUGUUUAUAAGUAGUUUUUGUGGACGGACCGCAUUGGUUUCUCCUCAGCACUUUACUGCAGCGAACGUAGUGUUUUUAAUUGGAGCAAAAACAUCCAUGUUUUCAAAUGGAAAGAUGUCCGAUUUUUAAGUGGAGACGUUGUAUCCUGUUUGAUUUCCUCAUCGUUUUCCCUUUUGUGUCUCUGUCACCCCCCCAGUACCACUCCCACCACCCCCGUGCACCUCAUGUUUCCCCGUCAGCACCGAUUAGACCGCACACACACAUAGUGAUUCCCCUGAGUGUCCUCUGUACACACACACACAAGCAGCCAUCUAAAUUUUCACUUCCUGAAUCUGAACCUGAACCACAUAGCUGAAGGUCUUUGUGUGUGGAGGGACAAGGCAUGUUUUUCCCCAUACACUGACACACACACACAAACACACACACACAUGCACACACACACACACACACACACUGUUUUACACACUUCCCUGCCCCGAUUCCUAUUUUUUGAAAUGUCAAAGUUUAUUACCGCCUCGGAAAUUCUUGUGAAGACUUCUGAAGAAGUUCUCUGUAAAAUCAUGAUGUAUAUGCAGUUUCGUCUCAACUCACUCGUCAUAAAUGUGGAAUAAACCUU